UCGCCGAGGUCGGAAACCCAGGGCGGACACUUUAAAUACCCUCUCCCCCCGACCUUUCUCCGCUUCUUAACUCGCCUCCCCUCCCCUCCCCCGCUCGACCUUCCCCUUCUCUCUGCUCGAUCGAAUCCUUCCACUGCCUAAAUUCUUCAUUCCGAUGGCAUCGUUGGAUACGGACAUCAACAUGGUUCCCAUCGGCGAGGGAUCGAGCGGCGCCGCCGGGCCGUCGUCGUCCUCCAAGAAGCCGAAGCGCUUCGAGAUCAAGAAGUGGAACGCCGUCGCCCUCUGGGCCUGGGAUAUCGUCGUGGAUAACUGCGCUAUUUGCAGGAACCACAUCAUGGAUCUCUGCAUCGAGUGCCAGGCGAAUCAAGCUAGCGCGACUAGCGAGGAAUGCACUGUUGCUUGGGGUGUCUGCAAUCAUGCUUUUCACUUCCAUUGCAUCAGUCGGUGGCUCAAGACUCGUCAAGUUUGCCCCUUGGACAACAGCGAGUGGGAGUUCCAGAAGUACGGUCACUAGAACUGGAUGGCCUAUAUGGAGAUAUACUUCCAGAAGUACGGUCAGUAGAACUGAAUGGCCUAUAUGGAGAUAUUCUUUGUUCUAGAUGUUAUUAGUACGGCUGGGACCAGAUCUGAAAGUUCUUUCCAUAUUAGUUUGCUUAACUGGGUUGUUGCUUUAAGCAUGCAAUCGUGCCAGGCAUGAAUCUGUAUUUUGUUCUUUGGACUGCGGAUUCAAUACUCUGAUGCUUUUGACGUUUGAUGAUGCAAAGAUUCGGCAGCUUCUGUAGUUUUAGAUUAUC